UGAAGCGAAAGCGUCAACUUACGAACUAAGUAGAUGAGAUCUAACCCGGCAAGGACUGUUUAUACUUAAUCUCUUUUUCCAUUCACUCGGUUAUGUUGUUCUAUUAAUAGAUUCUCAAAAUCCGACAGGGAGACAAAGGAUGGCGUAUGCCCUGGUCGAGUCAAUUAGGUACCUUAAUGAAAAUGGCAAAGAAAUAUUCAAAUUUCAGUUAAAGUCGUCGCAUUUUCACUUAAUACGCCCCUCUAUCGACGUAUGCCGUUAAACUCUUAAGUACUUCUCUGGUCAGUUAACGCCAUUACGAGAAACAAUGACGUUGGAAUCUAUCGUCCUUUGCCUCCUGGCUAACUUGGUACUUACGGCUUCAGCAGAAGGUAUCUCAACGCCUUCAGGCUGUCGAACCAUUCCGGGGGAUAUCUCUUGGCCAACCUCGGAGCAAUGGGAUCUUUUGAAUCGUACUGUCAACGGAAAUCUCAUUGCUACGAUACCAAUUGCGGCACCUUGCCACGAGACACUAUUCGGCGAACCAAGCCCUAUAUUCAAUCAAGCGGAAUGCGAUGCACUGCUCAACACGUGGUUCUACCCAACAACACAUUUGCCCUCAUCUUCGUCUCCUAUGGCGUAUAUGUUUUCCAACAACAGUUGCAACCCGUUUUUAGGGCCCGAAACGCCAUGCACAAUCGGAUACCUCGUCGUUUAUGCUAUCAAUGCGACUAGCGUCGAGGACAUUCAGGCGGGACUUCAAUUCGCCAAGGAGAAUAAUAUACGAUUAGUUAUUCGCAACACCGGCCACGACUAUCUUGGGAAAUCCACUGGAGCACACGCCCUCGGUAUAUGGACUCAUAACCUGAAGUCUAUGGAGUUAAUUCAGGACUUCAAAGAUGAAAACUAUACGGGGCCUGCUGUUAAAAUUAGCGCGGGGGUCCGAGUCGUUGAGGCGUACGAGUUCGCAGAUUCGCAUAACCUCAUCGUUGUAGGAGGCAACUGUCCAACUGUGGGUUUCGCCGGUGGAUAUAUCCAAGGCGGAGGGCAUGGCCCACUCUCGUCCCGUUUCGGCCUUGCUGCAGACCAAGUUCUUGAGUAUGAAGUUGUCACCUCGGACGGUAAGCUCAUUACAGCAUCCGAUAAUAACAAUAGCGACCUAUUUUGGGCGCUGCGUGGGGGUGGCGGGAGUACAUAUGGCAUUGUGAUUUCAGUUACCGUUAAAGCAUUCCAAGACACUUCAUUCUCGAUGAGUUACUUGCAAAUACCCAACAAUGGUACCAACACAGAUCAACUAUACUCCGUUAUUGGAACUUUCAUAGAGACACUCCCGAAACUUGUCGAUGCCGGCGUUGUUGCAAUUUUUGUUGUAUCCGCCACAGGUUUCUCCCUCACGCCUGCAAUAGCACCCGGGAUGCAGCCGACAGACCUCGAUAGUCAUUUCAAUCCUGUAUUGGACAAGCUGCAUAGCUUAAACCUCGCAUAUAAUUAUACCUCAUCAGCAUAUCCAACGUUUUUGAGCACAUUCAACGCUGUAUCCACAGUCUCCAACGUCUCCGAUCAGAACAUUGGUGGACGGUUUAUUCCGCGAUCUCUUGUUGAAAAUAACGGCACGAACGCCCUUGUCGACGCUAUCAGAUACAUCAGCACACAGGCAGGGUCCCUAUUCGUUGGCAACGCUAUUAGUGUUGAAGGUGGUGCCUCAUCCCCAGAUGACAUCGCAGCUAACCCGCACUUCCGCGAAGCUCUUAUCAGUGCUACUGUAGGAAAUUAUAUUGACUACAUGAGCAAAUCCACAACCUCUACUAGAAUUCGCAACAUUACCGACGAUCUUCUUCCUAAACUUGAGACACUCACACCUGGCGGCGGCGCUUACCUUAGUGAAGGCGACGUUCAUCAACCUAACUUCCAAUCAACUUUCUACGGCGACCAUUAUGACAAGCUAUUACAAAUCAAGCAGCAGUAUGACCCGCAGGACAUAUUCUAUGCUCAAACGGCUGUUGGAAGUGAACAAUGGGGACAAAACUCCGAUGGGAGACUAUGUCAUGGAUAGUCUUAGGUAAUAUUCGAAAUCAUAACCCGAAUCUGCAGUGUUCGGCUUCAAUGUAUACUAUAAGUAUCUCCUAGGACUUUAGAGGU